CUCUUCGCGCGUGCUCGUGCCCAAUGCGCGCCGCGGAUACUGGUUGCUACACAACGCUGCCUCCAAUAACAAUGGCGGUUGGUUCGCGGCAGCCGAGGAACAGACUUUAAAAAUAACAACAACAACAACAACAACAACACGCAGACACACACACGCACACAACCAGCAGCCGCCCGUAACCUAGGAGACGUUCGUGCUUCCUUUCUCGCUGCCGACAAAGGAGACUUGACCCACUUCACGCCCCGUGAGUAUGUGCUCACACUCGGCUUCCAGCUACUUCUACAGGGCUCCGGUUCCAGUGGGAGCCUGCGAUCCACCGGGCCUGGCUGUGCUAAUCCACCCCCCCGGUUGGUAUAUUCGUGACCUGGCAUCCGGACUCCCCCCCCCCCUUCACCGUGCUGAUGUGACGUUGAUAUGGGAGAGUGGUGGACAACCGUGCCAAUAGGGACGUCUCUGGGAAACGAUGAGAUCUCCAGCAUAUCACAUGUGACGAUGUCCCCCUCGAGACAGAACAACCUCGUGUCAAUGUACUCUUCUUUGCCGCCGUCCAGAAGCUCCUACCAUGUCUUAAGUAGCUUUUGCACAGAGGAUAAUAUUCCUCAGUGCAUUUCAUACAUCAAUCAGGAGCUCGACUCGCUGGGCCUCUCUUCAUGUAUCGAGGCCAGCGCACCGGGGGGAGCCGGCCUCAGCCGAGUGCCGGCUCUGAACGCCAUGCACGAGCUGAUGGAGCUUCACCGGCGCGACAUGUCGACUUUAGAGGAGCUUGAGAGAGAACAGCUGAAGAAAUGCAGCGCCUUGGACCACAUACAGAUGAACAAUUCCAGACUCAAGGACCAGUUGGAGCUGUCCAUAAGGGAGAAAUCAGGUCUACAUGAAACAGAGCGGCAGCUGCAACUCAAAAUCAAAACUAUGCAGAGCUGCUUGAAAACCGAAAAGGACGAGGUCCAGAAGCUGCAGAGCGUCGUCGCCGGCCGAGCCUCUCAGUACAGUCACGAUGCGAAGAGAAAAGAGAGAGAAGCUGCGAAGCUCAAGGAACGCCUCAGCCAGCUGCUGGUUGACCGAAAGGACAAGAAACUAGCCAUUGACGUACUGAACUAUUUGGGACGGCCGGACGGGAAACGGAGCCACUGGAAGACCGCCAAGGCGACAGUCGGCCACGAGGGUGAGAUGUACAAGUCCCUGCUCAACGACUACGAGGUGAGUCAGAGGUCCCUGAUGCUGGAGAACGCCGAGCUCAAGAAAGUUCUCCAGCAGAUGAAGAAGGAGAUGAUCCACGUCCUGAGUCCACGCCAGCCCUCUCCCAGAGGAGCCGCCGCUGAUGACAGUCAGGAUCAGGCCGAUUCGGACGAGGAGGAGAAGCCGGCUGACUCUAGCAGGGAAACUCUGGACCAAUCCUGCGAGUACGCCAAGGAGCAGCUCGCCAACAGCAUCCGCCAGCAGUGGAGGAAACUGAGGAACCACAUGGAGAAGUUGGACAGCCAAGCCUCACUGGUGCAGAGUCAGCUGGAGUCCAAUCGGGAGAUGAUACCGAGGGAGACUCACAAGGACGAGAUGGAGAGGAUGAGGCGUGAAGUGCAGCAGUGCAAAGAGUUCAUUCAUGUACAGCAACAGCUCCUUCAGCAACAACUCAACACGUCCUUCGACGAUGAGACGGCAGCUCUCCUGAACGACUGCUACACGCUGGAGGAGAAGGAACGUCUCAAGGAGGAAUGGAGGCUCUUCGAGGAGCAGAAGAGGAACUUUGAGAGGGAGAGAAAGAACUUCACAGAGGCUGCUAUCCGCCUGGGCCGAGAGAAAAAGGCCUUUGAGGAGGACCGUGCUUCUUGGCUCAAGAAUCAGUUUUUGAACAUGACUCCCUUUACGGACCGCAGGAGAUGUUCCUCGUCCGACGGUCAGAGUGCCUUAUCAAUCAGAAGUGAGCCAGAGAUGAGGAUGUCUUCCACGAAAGCUCAGCUCGCCCAAUCGUCAACCUACACCACGUUCUCCACUCCCAAACCUUCACAAAGUGCUGCUGUGCCGUCCACCACUGAACUUUACCGGACGCUGCGCCUGAUACCAGACAGCAGCUCCUCAAGACAUUCAAAUCGAGGACGCUGGCAGGAGUCCAGCAGCACUGAAGAUGGAGACGCUCGGGUCCAAUCCAAAAACAGAGUUCGAUCUGGAGACUUGAGCAUCUUCUCUUUGGGCGAAGAUGAGUACAGCCUCACUUGAAGAACUUCCAGUGCCUUUUUUUGUUGUUGUUUGUUUUGUGACUUCAUUUCGCAGUGGACUUUAGGAUCAAUCCAUCGCUGAAUUCUGUCACAACUGAUGAACACUCCUCCGCAUUGCAGCAUUUUUUUGUGUUAUGGACAUGCACAUUCACCAAAAGCUGAGAGAAAGAAAAGCACUUUAAUAAUUUUACCGUUGUUCAUUUCUUUCCUUUACAAACAAAUGAUUCUUAUUUUAAGCUAUAUUCAAAUGAAGGGGGGGAGAGUCCAACAUAUUGCAGUAAGAAAUAUCUUUUGUACAUGUGGAUUAUUUUUCAAUGUUUUAGUUUAGUAUUAAAUAUAAAGUUUACAUUAUUUUAGAUGUAAAUAAAUUGUGAUUUUUAACGGGAUGAUGAUCUGCUUUGCUGGUGUAACGGUACAAUAAAAUAUAUUACGUUAAUGACACACGUGCGUCCUCGUUGCUGUGGCGCCCACUAGUGGCCAUAAAGAGGCGUCGCGGUCACAAGUUUUUCAACAACCGGAAUCCGGAAGUGAUCAUCUUUUUGUUUUUUGUCUCCGCAUCCAGCCCAGAAUCCCACCCACCGCCCAGCGUUUAUUUUACACACACACACACAAACCCCCCCCCACACACACACACAUCGAGAAUGUCGGGUUCAUCUAAUCUGGUAGCCAUGAAGAAGGUCGUCCAGCAGCUCCGCUUCGAGGCGAGCAUCAACAGAGUGAAGGUCUCCCAGGCGGCUGCAGACCUUCAACAGUUCUGCAUGCAGAACGCCAUGCAGGACCCUCUGCUCACUGGCGUGUCCUCCAGCACCAACCCUUUCAGGCCACAGAGGGUCUGCUCCUUCUUGUGAAACCACUGCAUUCAUUGGCCUUCAUUUUGAUGCUACAGGGAAAAGUUGACCUCAACACUGCUCCUCAUGCCAAGCCAUUAUACUGCCACGGGAUCUCUCGAGUGUAGAACACAUUGGAAUCAUGUCAGGAAGAUGACCAUCUAUUUUCAGCCACACUAGAAGAAAGGAGACAGUUUUAUUUUCCAUGGCACAGUGUGAUUUUCGAGUAAAUAAUUGUGCCUUUUCUAUUGUUCUAUUUUAGUCAUCACUGUUCUGGACUUUUUUGUAUUUAAUGAAUAAAAGAAAACAUUCUUUACUA